GUUCUUCUAUCUCCUUGCAUAUAUAUAUGUAUGUGCCCCACUCCUCUUCAAUGAUUGUCUGGAGAGACAAUCAAUCGUAUACACCACAAUUCGAUCGCCCACUUCCUACAGACUUCUCUCUCAAGGAAUUUGUAGAGAGACAAAGAGAUGGAAGGAAGUUCCGUUCAGACAAUGAGCAUGGGGAAGAAGAAGGAGAAGGAGCCGGAGCCGUUUCAUGUGAUUCACAAGGUUCCUUCCGGCGAUGGCCCUUAUGUUCAGGCCAAGCAUGCUCAGCUGGUAAAGAAGGAUUUGGAAGCGUCAAUAGUUUGGUUUUGGAAGGCAAUAAACGCAGGAGAUAGAGUAGACAGUGCUCUCAAGGACAUGGCAGUGGUGAUGAAGCAACUGGAUAGAGGUGAAGAGGCCAUUGAGGCUGUCAAAUCCUUCAGGGGUCGCUGCUCCAAACAAGCCCAGGAAUCACUCGACAACGUCCUCGUUGAUCUGUACAAGAAAUGUGGGAAAGUAGAUGAACAAAUAGUGCUGCUAAAGCAAAAGCUGAGGUCGAUAUACCAAGGAGAGGUUUUCAAUGGGAAACCCACCAAAACUGCUCGUUCUCAUGGCAAGAAGUUCAAGGUUACUGUCAAGCAAGAAACUUCCAGGCUGCUGGGGAAUUUGGGCUGGGCCUACAUGCAGAAAGCAAAUUACAUGGCAGCCGAGGUGGUGUACAAGAAGGCCCAAAUGAUCGACCCGGACUCAAACAAGGCCUGCAACUUGACCCUCUGCCUGAUGAAGCAGGCCCGAAUCCAGGAGGCCCGCUCUGUCCUCCAGCCAGUGUUGUCAGGUGAGCUUCCAGGCUCCCACGAUACCAAGGCCCGAAAUCGGGCUGAAGAAAUAUGGGCUGACUUGGAAGCCCAAGAACCUGUGCCAUUGGGCCUGGUGGGCCUCGACAUGGAGGAUGAUUUCAUAGAUGGGCUUGACAAGCUGUUGCAAGAAUGGGCUCCCCUGAGAUCAAAAAGGCUCCCAAUCUUUGAAGAGAUCUCUCCAUUUAGAGAUCAGCUGGCCUGUUAAUUUUGUAAAUACGUUGGGAUUAGGCUUUAGGGAAUUAAUUUUAGUGACAUAAUAAUAAUAAUAAGACAUAGGUGGGCCCGGGUGAGCAGAUGUAAAUUUCUUUCUGGAAAAUUGCUCUUGUUUGAAGGAUAGAAACAGAUUUGCUUAUCUACGCGUUCUUGUAGUUUCAGCCAGUAGAUUUGGUGUACUAAUGAAGCUAAGCUGAUUGUUUUCAUAAUAUGAUGACCAGCACAGCUUCACUGCUGCAGAUGUUUGUGUGAACAGGGCAAGUUAUUUCAUAGAAGGUUGAUUGAAUUCAUGUGCUAGGGCUUCUUUUGCAAAGCGGUUUGACCGCUUAUAAACUAUAUCAGCAGUUUAUAAGUUGGUGAGAUGUUUGCGUGCACCUCACCAGCGUUUAAGCUACUCAGGUUAAACGCUAUUAGCACAGCAUUUUGUAAAAGUUGUUGGGAGAUAAUUUUUUUGUAAAAUGCUACUG